CCUCACUCUUUUUUUUUUUUUUUUUCUACUUCCGCGGAAUCCCGCUUCUCUUAUAUUCCGUCUUCCAUACCACUAAGAAUAAUAAAACCACCACCAAAUCUGAAAAUGUCUACCCCCGAGACCAACAUUGCCACAGAGGCCUUGAAGGACUUCUUCGGCCAACUUUAUACCUUUUUCGAAACGAUCGUCAGACGCUUCUUCAAGAACUUUUAUGCGUCUUUCGCAGAAGUGAGCCUCAACCGCUGGACGAAGGUCACACUCUCGGUCAUCGGCUACCUUAUAAUUCGUCCGUACAUCGAGGCCUUCUUUAAGAAAAUGAGCGAUCGGGACCGCAGAAAGAUGAAAGAGAAGGAGGAGGCCAAGAAGGCUGCCAAUGGGGGCAAGAAGGCUAAGGUUUCUGCCAAUACACUGCGAGGUGGUGCUUCCGGUGGUGGGAAAGUACUUGGGGAAGUUGAGAAUACCGAUGAUGAGAUUGAGGACGGUGAGGAUUUUGCGACUGCGAGCGGGGUGCCGGAGUGGACGAAGAACGCGAGGAAGAGGCAGAAGAAGCACAUGAAGAACCUGAAGGAAGCAGAGGCAAAUGCGAAUAAGCUGUCCCAGGAUCAGAUUAUGGAAUUAUUGGACUGGAGUGAUUCGGAGGGUGAGAAGAAGGCAUAAUUUGGAAUCGUGAAAUCAAAUCUCUGGCUGGAUAUAUUCGCGGUAGACUUACU